UCUUGUGCUAUCUUGCUGUUUAAAAAAAAAAAAAGUAGAAAAUUUCAUUUCUUGGUGGGCACAGUAUGGUGGUGGCUUUACUCUUUGCUUUGUUGGGUUAUGCGCAAAAUUUGAUCUUGAUAGGUUUCCCACAAGUGGGUUUGGCAUUAUUCUAUUCCCAUCACUACCCAAUUCCUCAAAAACUUUUCUUUAAUCUGUUAUGAGGUGACAUUUUAGGUAUUCAAUUCUAAGUCUCUUUGAAAAAGAAUUUCUUGUGUUUCUAAAUGCUAAAAAGUAUUGGGUUUUGUUGGGGGGUUUUCAAUGGAGGCCAUUUGGGGUUCUGUUUACAAGGGUUAUGCUUUCAUUCUUGCCAGAACUUCAUGAAGAUCUUGGCUUAAUAUUUUAAUUGCCUGUUAUGUGUUCGCUGAAAUGAUUCUUUGAGCUCCCUAAGAAUCUUGCUGGUAGCUGAUGCCUGCUUUGCAAAAACUAUGAAAGAUGCUUGCUGUCCACCGCUGUGAGGGGUUCUUCAUCUGACUCUAAGAUGCUGUUCUGUGUUGCAGAUAUCUCCUGCCUUGGAUGCUGUCAAUAUUCGGUCAUACGAAGCAUAUAUCCUCCUAUUUUUGAGAUCUUAUUACCCUCGCAUUGAAGCUCUGAAAACUGCUUGUGCUGAGAGAGUUGGUCCCCACAGUUUUUUACAGUGUAUAAUCAGUUGAAUAGCGUGGAAGCAUAAAGAUUGAAGUUUCAAAGGAGAAGCUGAUUGUGGCAGGAUGAAGUUCAUGAAACUUGGAUCCAAGCCGGAUUGUUUUCAGUCAGAAGGAAAGAAUGUCAGAUAUGUUGCUUCUGAGUUGGCUUCCGACAUCGUGGUUUUUGUAGGAGAUGUGAAGUUCUACUUGCAUAAGUUUCCUCUUAUGUCCAAGAGUUCUUGUCUGCAAAAGCUGAUCGCAAACUUGAAUGAUGGAAAUGGUGAUGAAAUCCGCAUUGAUGAAAUCCCCGGAGGGUCAAUGGCGUUUGAAAUAUGCGCCAAGUUUUGUUAUGGCGUCACUGUUACGCUGAACGCUUACAAUGUGAUUGCAGCCCGUUGUGCUGCAGAGUAUCUAGGAAUGAACGAAAACGUUGAGAAAGGGAACCUCGUUUACAAGAUCGAUGUUUUUCUGAACUCGAGUAUUUUCAGGAGCUGGAAGGAUUCCAUAAUAGUUCUGCAGACCAUGAAGCCUCUGUUACCUUUCUGCGAUGAACUGAAUCUGGUCAGCCAUUGCAUCGACGCCAUAGCUUCCAAGGCAUCUACAGACGUAUGCCGGGUGGACUGGUCCUACACCUAUAACAGAUACAAGAUUCCUGAGGAGAAUGGCAAUGAUCAUAACAUGAAUGGUUUGAGAAGCAGAGCGGUGCCAAAAGAUUGGUGGGUCGAGGAUUUAUCCGAGCUCGAAGUUGAUUUAUACAAGCAGGUUAUUGCCAGUAUCAAGAGAAAAGAAAUUGUUUCUAAUGAAGCCAUUGGAGAAGCCCUAAAAGCUUAUGCUUCAAAACGGCUGCAAGGCUAUGGAAGCAUCCAGAACAGCGACGCUUCCAAAUAUCAGUCUGUAUUGGAUACGAUCGUGUGGCUUCUACCCCGAGAGAAAGGUAGCAUCUCGACUAGUUUCUUGCUGAGAUUGUUGAAAGCGUCCAUUUCACUUGAUUCGGGAGAAAUGGCACAGAGGGAACUGAUAAAACGAAUAGGCCACCAACUGGAAGAGGCCUCUGUUAACGAUCUUCUGAUCCGAACCUCAGAUGCAGAAACAACGUUGUAUAAUGUCCAUGUAGUCCAGCAAAUACUACAAGAGUUCAUGAUGAGCGAUCAGGACUCUGAAACGAAACUAGAAAAUGGCAACGAGAUUCAGGAGGUUAGAAAGCCACCAGGGAUUUUGUCUGAAGCUUCGAAGCUGAUGGUGGCAAAGUUAGUGGAUCUCUACCUUGCCGAGAUUGCAAAAGAUCCUAACCUGACUCCCUCAACGUUCCUCGGUUUAGCAGAGAUGGUGUCUAGCUUUCCACGACCUUCUCACGAUGGUCUUUAUCGUGCAAUUGACAUGUUCCUCAAGGAUCACCCCGGGAUCAGCAAGAGCGAGAGGAAGAGAAUCUGCAGGUUGAUGGACUGCAAGAAGCUCUCCGCAGAUGCAUGCAUGCAUGCGGUUCAGAACGAGAGGCUCCCUCUGCGUGUCGUUGUGCAGGUGCUGUUCUUCGAGCAAGUUAGGGCUAAUGCAUCAUCCGGAAGUAGCACUCCGGACCUGCCAAAAGCCAUAAAGGAUCUCAACUGCGCCUCCUAUGGCAGCUCGAGAUCUGCAACAACUACGACCGAGGAAGACUGGGAUGGCGUCGCCUCUGCUGAUGAGCUCAGAGCUUUGAAAGGCGAGCUGGCAGCUUUACGGUUGGGAAAUGCAGGAAUGGCGGCUGAUAGAGCUGCCAAUGGAGAUACUACUAAGACUGUCGCCCCCGACAAGGCUGCCAUCAGUAAAAUGAAAGGUUUACUUGUUUCGAAGAGGAUCUUCUCCAAAAUCUGGUCUAGUAAAGGCGGAAAUGGGGAGAACAGCGGCUCUGAUUCGUCGGAAAGUCUCGGCUCUACCACCAUGGAAGAAGCAAAAUCCACCCCUUCAAGGAAGGGCAGGCAUUCUGUUUCUUAGUUCAAUAUCUUAAGAUGUAUAGAUAUCUAAGCUUAUAGCCUCCUGAUUAGUUCACAGAAUGACAGUUCUAUUCCAGGUCAAAUCCAAGAGGAAUUGCCAUUCUCAUGUUCACUUAGACAUGUUUUCUAGGGCUAGUUUGAGCCUAACCAUUAGCAAUAUUGUCUCACAAUACUUUGGACCCAUAAUACAAAUUGCAUGAGCCAAAAAGUAGUUAAGCGGGUUGUUAAUAUAA